GUCAGUCAGUCAUGUCGUAUUAUGGUGCGAAGAAAUUUGUCGUUAAAUAGAGGGAGGGAUAGCGCCCCUCCGCUCGGCCGCUCGCCGACGCCACCUUUUGACGGACCGAUCGAACCUGAGCAGCUGUUACAGUCACUCCGGCCGAUGGCUCCCUCCGCACCAUCCAGCCUCUUGGUCUUGGUCUUGGUCUUCUUCUUCUUCGCUAUCACGAUGGUGAUUCUUCCCCUUUCUCUUCUGGCAUUGCCGUUGUCUGACUGCAGCAGCUGCCCCUCCUAUGCAGCAGCAGAAGCAGCUCCUUCUACUACUACUAUUACUAGUACAGAAGCAGAAGCAGAAGGAGAUGAGCAGCUCAAGAGGAGCAGCUUCCCCAAGAGCUUCAUAUUCGGAACAGCCUCCUCGGCCUACCAGGUCGAGGGCGCCGCCAACCAGGACGGCCGGGGCCCCAGUAUUUGGGAUACUUUCCUCCGCCAACCAGGACUUCAGCCAAACAAUGGGACGGCGGAUGUGACGGCGGACCAGUACCACAGAUAUAAAGAAGACCUUGAUCUGAUGGCGGACUUCAAUUUUGAUGCCUACAGAUUCUCAAUUUCAUGGUCCAGAAUAUUUCCAAAUGGGACGGGAGAGGUAAAUUGGAAGGGAGUUGACUACUAUAACAGGCUGAUCAACUACAUGCUUGAAAAGGGCAUCACCCCGUAUCCAAAUCUCAAUCACUACGAUCUUCCUCAAGCGCUUCAGGAUAGGUACGGUGGCUGGCUCAACCGUCAUGUUGUCAAGGAUUUUGCGGAUUAUGCCGACUUCUGCUUCAAGACUUUUGGAGACAGAGUGAAGAACUGGCAAACAUUUAAUGAGCCUAGAGUGGUAGCCGCCCUUGGUUACGAUAAUGGGCUUUUUGCACCGGGAAGAUGCUCCAAAGCAUUUGGGAAUUGUACGGAGGAGGGCAAUUCCGGCACCGAGCCCUACAUCGUUGCUCAUAAUCUCAUUCUCUGCCACGCGUCCGCUGCUCAGAGAUACCGUCAGAAAUACCAGCAAACACAAAAGGGGAGGAUUGGGAUUCUGUUGGAUUUUACUUGGUACGAGCCUCUCACAAGAUCCAAAGCCGACAACUACGCCGCUCAAAGGGCAAGAGAUUUCCAUCUUGGCUGGUUUCUGCAUCCUUUGGUGUAUGGAGAGUAUCCGAAAACAAUGCAGAACAUUGUUGGGGAAAGGCUGCCCAAGUUCACAAAGGAAGAGGUCGGGAUGGUUAAGGGAUCUGCUGACUUUGUGGGCUUAAAUCAAUACACCUCAUUCUACAUAUAUGAUCCAAGACAAGCAAAUACUGCUGCUGCUGCUGCUGCUGCCCACUCGUUAAGCUACCAGAAGGAUUCGAAUGUUGGAAUUGCGUAUGAACGGCGUGGAGUGCCAAUUGGGCCAAGGGCCAACUCAUACUGGCUUUACAUUGUGCCAUGGGGGAUAUACAAAUCCGUGAACUACAUAAAAGAACGCUACGGGAAUCCUACAGUGAUUUUGGCGGAGAAUGGAAUGGACCAGGCAGGCAAUCUCUCACUACAUGAGUCGCUGCACGACGAUACAAGGAUCAAGUACUACCGGAGCUACUUGGGUUGGCUGAAGAAGGGCAUAGACGAGGGGGCCAAUGUGGUCGGCUACUUCCAGUGGACAUUCGUGGACAACUUCGAGUGGAGGCUGGGCUACACGUCCAGGUUCGGCAUCGUCUACGUGGAUUUCAAGACCCUCCGCAGGUACCCCAAGAUGGCCGCAUACUGGUUCAAGAAGUUCCAGGAGAGAAGAUAAGAUCACGAGGAAGAAAUAUAUAUAUAUAUAUAUGAAUGAUAAUGAUAAUGAUGAUGAUGAUGAGCCACCCCCCAUUCAUCAGCCAAUAAACAGGCAGGCUCAGGCUCAGGCUGCUUUGCUAGUUGCUACUCACUUGACUGUCUCUAUUUGUAUUUGUAUUUAUAUUUGUAUGUGUUGAUCUCUUCUCUCUU